CUCACCUCCUCCUUCAACCUGCAACUCCAAGAUUGUUUCUUUUCAAACCAAGCAAGGCAGGCAGCAAUGGCUUCCUUAGCAACAUUAGCCGCUGUUCAACCUGUCACUGUAAAGGGUCUUGGUGGAAGCUCCCUUGCCGGAACCAAGCUCCCUCUCAGGCCCUCUCGCCAGAGCCUCAGUCCAAAAAACUACAAGGCUGGUGCUGUGGUUGCAAAGUAUGGUGACAAAAGUGUUUACUUUGAUUUGGAGGAUUUGGGUAACACUACUGGACAGUGGGAUUUGUAUGGAUCUGAUGCCCCUUCACCUUACAAUUCUCUUCAGAGCAAAUUCUUUGAGACCUUUGCUGCUCCAUUCACCAAGAGAGGAUUGUUGCUGAAGUUCUUGCUACUAGGUGGUGGUGCCACUUUAGCUUAUUUCAGUGCUACUGCCCCAGAUGAUGUUCUUCCCAUCAAGAAAGGACCUCAACUUCCACCAAAACUUGGGCCGCGUGGCAAGAUCUAAUUCGCUUUCGAAUCCUUCUCAUUUUCUGGGGGUUUUUGUUGUAUGUAAAUCUUCUCUUUUAACUCUCCUUCCCAGUAUGUUUCAAAGAUACCAUAUAGGAGUGUUAUUUGAGCAAUUGUUAUUAUGUGAUGAAUGUACUUUUACAAA